AUGUCCAACUAUAGUUUACCAUCUGACUUCUACACAAUUUUAAGUGAAAAAUACCAACAAGCGCUGGAAUCUCAGAAUGUUUUGUUCAAUGGGGAUGCAGUAGUGAAUGAAAUUGAGCUGAUCCCAGUUGGUGACAAGACUGCAAAUAUCCAAUUGACGAUGUUGACCUCAUUGAUGCAUAGACCCGAAAAAGGUGAUGAGAAUUCCAAUCCUUUUGGCAAACCAGAACCGGAGCUUACAAUUCUUGAUAAGUACGGACCUGACCACCAAUUUAGAAUUGUCUUCAACAAGUUUCCGGUGAUUUCCAAACAUUUCUUAAUGGUGACAAGGACCUUCAAACACCAAAACACCCCGCUCUCUGAGACAGAACUAUUUGCAACGUAUAAUAUUUUGGUGGAGCUAGCUAAACAGAGUCCCUCAGAGGAAGAUUGGUUUGCAUUUUAUAACUGUGGACCCGAGAGCGGUGCUUCUCAACCACACAAACAUAUACAGUUUAUGAAGACGCCUCCACGAGGUAAAUUUGAGCCCUAUGCUGAGCUCCUUUCAAAGAAUGAUUCUGUCCCUGCAAAUACUCAAAAGCCAUUACAAGACAAGAAUAUUCCUUUUGCACAUUAUUUAAUUCGUUUAAGUGAAAAGGACGUUGAUGAAGAGAAUUUAGCCACUUCAUUUAUCUCACUUUUCCAACACUCAAUGAAUGUUCUUAAAGAAAAUGAUCAGCACCACAUUUCGUUCAAUUUCAUCAUGACCACAAAGUACAUGCUUAUGGUACCACGGUCAAGUGCAAAAUUUGAGGACAAAUUGGGAAUUAAUGCAUGUGGAGUAUACGGUCUCAUCUUGUGUAAAAACCAAGAGUUGUUUGAUAUGGUGAAGGAAAUUGGUGCUUUAAAAGUUUUAGAGAAUGUCUGUUUGCCAAAUGCAUCAGAACUUCAUGUAGAUGAAUAUAGCUAUUAG